AUGGGUGUUAAUACUCAUUUCAUAGCCAUAAUAUGUGUUAUGAUUGUAACGGUGAUAGUUGCCUCGCCAACUACCACCUCCAAUGAGGACUCGCAAUUAAGGGAUCUAUCGAAGAGUUUGCAAGCCUUUGGAACGAAACUCUACUCGAGCAUAGCAAAAAAUAGUGGACAGAAAAACAUACUAUUUUCACCAUUCUCAAUUGAGACAAGCCUGGCAAUGAUGCGUUUAGGUGCUACCGGCCAAACAGCACAGGAAAUUGACAAUGACCAACUAGAACUUCGCGAUCAAUUCAAUGAGUUGCUUGAGAAAAAUUUCUUCGCAUCAGCAGAAAAUGUGAAUUUUACACAAAAUAUUAAAACAGCCGAAAAAAUCAACUCUUGGGUUGAAGCAAAAACCAAUCACUUGAUUACAGAUCUAAUUAGUGCCGACGAUUUGGAUGAAAACACACGUGUGGUACUGCUCAAUGCAAUUUACUUUAAAGGCGAAUGGUUACAGCCAUUCUUUGUACCUGUCACACGUCAAAAAAACUUCUAUGUGGAUGCAACAAAUUACGUUAGCGUGGAAAUGAUGCUCACGUUUGGACAAUUCCGUUAUGGCAAAAUAGACCAAUUAGAUGCUACUGCUGUGGCAAUGCCUUACAAAAAUACCGAUCUUUAUAUGAUUGUAAUUUUGCCGAAUUCUCGUGAUGGCUUGGAUGAUCUAAGGAUUAAAUUGCAAUCAUAUUCUCUACAAGAAUUAAGAGAUAAUAUGGCUGAGACAAUGAUUCAAGUGGAAAUGCCCAAAUUUAAAACUGAAUACAAAAUUGAAUUGAGUGAGAUUUUAGAGAGGUUGGGUAUAGAGCGAUUGUUUACUGAUGCGGAAUUGGAUAAAAUGAUCAUAUCAAAGGAAGGAUUGCAAGUGUCGAAGGUUUUGCAUAAGGCAAUUAUUGAAGUCAACGAAAAGGGUACUGAAGCUGCUGCCGCAACAGGUAUGUAUUAA